AUGACGGCGUAUCUGGGCCUGCGAUGCCCUCAGUAUGCACUCUCAUCCAUUUCUACAAAGCAAGGAAUUCAGGAUAAGAACGAACAAAGAAAGAAGCAGAAGCCAAAGAAACAAAUCAACAAAUCACAAUUCACAAAUCAACAAAUCACAAAUCAACAAAUCACAAAUCAAACGAAUCGACGAAUGGACGAAUCAAACAACAUUUGUCUACUCCUGCAUCCGCCUACACUAUCGCAGACUCCAUCGCACCCACUUUUCCUGGCCAUGUCUUCUGCCGAGACCGGAAAACCGGAAAAAACCGAGAAAAAACGCCGUUUCGUGGGUCGCCGGGCCGCCGCAGCACUGGGGGCUGCGCUUGCGCCGCAGCGCCGUCCCGUGGGCCGUGUGCUCAACCAGAUCCCCCAGGACAUUUUGGACGACCCAGACCUCAACGAAAGCAUCAAGCUUUUGCCGUCCAACUACAACUUUGAGAUCCACAAGUGCGUGUGGAACAUCCGCAAGCACGGCGCGUCGCGCGUGGCGCUCCAGAUGCCCGAAGGGCUUCUCAUUUACUCGUUGGUGAUUUCGGACAUUUUGGAGCAGUUUUGCCAGGUCGAGACCGUUGUCAUGGGCGACGUGUCGUACGGCGCCUGCUGCAUCGACGACUACACGGCCCGCGCGCUCGACUGCGACUUCAUCAUCCACUACGCACACCUGUGUCUUGUGCCCAUCGACGUGACCAAGAUCAAGGUUCUCUACGUUUUCGUGACCAUCGACAUCGACGAAUCCCACUUGGCCAACACCCUCAAAAAGAACUUCGACCGCGGCGCCCACAUCGCCUGCUUCGGCACCAUCCAGUUCAACCCCACCAUCCACAGCGUGCGGGCCCGUUUGGAAGCCGACGCCGAAAAACCGCUUUAUGUCAUUCCGCCCCAGACGCUGCCAUUGUCCAAGGGCGAGGUCUUGGGCUGCACGUCGGCCCGGCUCGACUCUACGAUCGACGCCAUGGUCUACGUGGGCGAUGGCCGCUUCCAUCUCGAGAGCGCCAUGAUCCACAACCCAGACAUCCCCGCAUACCGCUACGACCCGUACUCGCGCAAGUUCACGCGGGAACACUACGACCAGCAGCAGAUGGUGGCUGUCCGGACCGACGCCAUCAACACGGCGCGCAAUGCCAAACGUGUUGGCCUUAUCUUGGGAGCCCUUGGCCGCCAGGGCAACCCAGAAACGUUGGCUCGGCUCGAACGGGUGUUUAGUGCCGCCGGGAUCGAGGUGGUGAAGAUCAUCUUGAGUGAGAUUUUCCCGCAGAAGCUCGCGAUGUUCGACGACCUAGAUGCGUUUGUCCAGGUGGCUUGUCCUCGGUUGUCUAUAGACUGGGGAUAUGCGUUUGAAAAGCCGUUGCUCACGCCGUAUGAGGCCAUGGUGAUGAUGGAAAAGGAUGUGUGGACAGACGGGUUCUAUCCGAUGGACUACUAUAAGAAAGAUGGGUACGGCAGAGGGAAAGUGCCUGAACGAACAAUUUAA